AUGGUUCGGUACGGUAUUAUUACGGGCUUACUUAGCCUCAUCUCUGCCGUCCAGGCAAUUCAGAAACACCCAUUGCCCAUUAGCGAGCUGAAGAAACAGAUUCAAACCAAAGACGCGCUCGGUAUCAGUGCGAGACAGGCUGAUCUUCAAGCUCUCUACCCCGAAUACAACCUCUCGACCCCUAUCGAUCACUUCCAUAACGAUUCCACGUACGAGCCACACUCCGAUGACACCUUCAAUCUGCGAUACUGGUUCGAUGCGCAGUAUUACAAGCCCGGAGGCCCCGUAAUCGUACUAUCGGGCGGAGAGACGAGUGGUUCUGAUCGCUUGCCAUUCCUACAGAAGGGCAUCGUUUACCAACUUGCCAAAGCGACGAACGGAUUGGGCGUCAUCCUCGAGCAUAGAUACUACGGAAAGAGUAUUCCCGUGCCAGAUUUCAGCACCGAGAACCUCCGCUUCUUGACCACCGACCAGGCUUUAGCUGAUACCGCCUACUUCGCCAAGAAUGUGAAAUUCGAGGGUUUGGAGGAUGUAGACCUAAACCCGGAGACGACCCCUUGGAUCGCGUACGGCGGCAGCUAUGCGGGUGCAUUCGUUGCCUUUCUACGAGUCUUGUAUCCAGAUGUCUACUAUGGCGCUAUCUCAUCGUCGGGAGUGCCGGAGGCCAUCUGGGACUAUUGGCAAUACUUCGAGGCUGCCGCUACUUACGGCCCACCUGCUUGUGUUGAAACUACCCGAAAGCUUACCCACAUUGUAGACAACAUCCUCAUCGGCCAGGCGGGCACGGACUAUGUCGGCCAGCUCAAAGCAGCAUUCGGCCUCCCUAACGUCACUCACGACAAUGACUUCGCCAGCGCCAUCAAUGGAGGCAUUUACGGCCUACAGAGUUUGAAUUGGGAUCCUACUCAGAGCAGCGAUAGCUUCUUCGUCUACUGUAGCAAAGUUUCUUCCGACUCUGUGCUGUUCCCCGGCACAGAGGAACGACGGGCCUCGAUCGAGGAGCUGAUCAAAGUCGGCGGCUAUGAGGAUGAGCUGGAUACGCUUGCGAACCGAUUCUUGAAUUACAUCGGCUACGUCAACCAGACCUCAGUUGCCGGCUGCUCCGGGUCACAAGACGCGUGUUUCACUACACACGACGCCGGUUUCUAUGCGAACGAUGACAUAACCCAGACUUGGCGACUAUGGCAAUACCAGGUCUGCACUCAGUGGGGAUAUCUCCAAACUGGAAGCGGUGUGCCGGAGGACCAACUACCUCUUAUCUCGCGCACAAUCGACGUCGACUACUCGGCUCUUAUCUGCCGAGAUGCCUUCAACUUGACUAAACCGGCAGAUGUCGAGUACAUCAAUAGGAUUGGUGGUUUUAACAUCAGUUAUCCCAGACUCGCCUUCAUCGAUGGCGAGUGGGACCCGUGGCGCGCUGCCGGUGUCCAUGCGAUUGGACUACCAGAAAGAAACAGCACCACAGAGGAGCCCUAUAUUCUCAUCGCUAAAGCGGUCCACCACUGGGAUGAGAACGGACUUUUCCCCAACGAGACGACUGCAGACCUCCCGCCAGCGCCUGUCGCCGACGCUCAGAGCCAGAUGGCGACGUUCGUGAAAGAAUGGGUGCAAGAUUUUACGGGUAAAUACUAG